GUCCCGGAAAUCCCUGUAUUUACAAACAGACUUAGCUAGCGUUGUGCUUGUAAUCCAGCAGGGAGCUAAUGAGUGCAGGGUAAGAGGGAUUACCUGGCGGGGAAUAUACGUUCAGAAAGACUUUCAUGUUAAAUUAGCCGAGCCUGUGAAGUGAGGCAGACAUGUUUGCGACUACGACGAGUGACAGCCGUCGCGACGGCCCGGAAACUAGCGCAAAGCAGCCUCAAACGACUGCGACAACGGAAUACUGCGCAAAGUUGCAGCAGUGGAUGUGGCAGUAUUACUGGGGGUAUGCCAGCUGGCAGAGCUGGGUGGCCCUAUCAGCCUGCCCCUUUCCUCCGCCGUGCAGCUUCCCUCCGCCGGGUACGGGUGCUCAGACAGCGGGUACACCUGCCUCGACCCCGGCGGUGGAGCAGCAGGCGGUUGACACUAGAAGCUGGUACAGCUACCCUUAUCCCCUCAGCUUCCCCGCAUCCCCGCAUCACCCGGGUGGCGCCCAGACCGAGCAGAGCUCAGCCGCUACCCCGGCCCCAGCUGCUGAUACCCGGCCAGCCCAGCAGCAGCAGCAGAAUGGGAAUCCACCUCAGGCAGGACGAGAGUACACCAUCCCCUCACCGCUCCAGAGGUUCUUAGCUGAGACAGUGGACUUCUUUAUCCUGUUUUGUGUGAAGGCCACCAUUGUGCUGUGGAUCAUGCAUCUAAGUGGGAUGAAGGACAUUGCUAAAUUCAUUACCCACUUCAUCGUGGAGGAGAUAGAUGAAAACACGUCCAUGGAGGACCUGCAGAAGAUGAUGGCUGUGGCUCUGGUCUACAGGGUGCUGGUGUGUGUCUAUGAGAUAAUCUGUAUUUGGGGCGCUGGUGGUGCCACUCCAGGGAAGUUCCUGCUUGGCUUGCGGGUGGUUACCUGCGACACAUCCACUCUGGUCCGACCCAACCGAGUCUUUGUGGUCCCAGCUUCUAAUGUUUCGCUCUCUGCCUCUACAGUGCGGGCACUGAAUAAGAACUUCUCCAUUGCUUUCCUCUUUCCUGUCUUCAUCACUCUCCUCUUCUUUCAGCACAACAGGACUGUGUAUGACAUUGUGGCAGGGACCAUUGUUGUCCAACGAAGAGGGGCCAGAUAGCCUCUCCUCCAGCAGCAGACUCUUUUACACUUGACAGGGGUGAUGGCAAAGUGUGGUAAUCUUUUGUGUCCUGAAAAUUACAUUUAAAUCAGUCACAAAUGACAACAACAACAACAACAACAGCAGCAGCAGCAGCGGGAGAUUGAUGCAUUGGCUUAUUUCUACACCAGAUAAACUUGGACUUGAAUUGCACUUUAAAUGGGAUGCAUAGGUUUAGGCCUGGAAUGCUGAAAUAAUAAUUUUAAAAAAAUCCAACCUUACAUCUUUUGGUGUAAGGUAUUUAUCAUUUACCACUGGAUCAACAAAUAAGCUAUGAGGAAACCCUCUAAAGUAUUGUGAAUGUUGUUAAUUGCAGUGUAAGUUUAGCUGAAAAGGGUGCUGUCCAAUACUUCCACGAUAUCCUGAGACUUCUCCUCAAAAUGAAUCUGAAUGUGUGUUAUGUCAUAUUAUAUUGUUUAUUUAUUUUUGCAAAACUUAAAGCUCCCAUGUGUAGGAAUUAUAGGCAACCCCUAGUGGCUGUACCAAAAAAGACCCAAAGAUGCCUAACAGUUUUCACAGUGAUUGUCUUAUUUUUCUACAAAGAGAAAUAUCAUAUCAUAAUAUCAUCAGCUGUAAUUGACUCCUGCCAAAUACACAUAGGAGUUCUACACAUAGGGGCUUUAAAGCAGGAUUAAACAUUAUUAGGAUCAAUACUUCUCUGAAUUUCUUAUAUACUUUGAUCUUCUCUUCAGAGUAAUAAAAGUGAAUCAGAUGUUUGGUUUGCAAAUUAGUUUUGUGUUCUAUAGUGAUUAUUCAUAUGCACUCACACUAAAGUAAAAUGCCAAGCUUAUUUGUAUCUAUUCUUUGUGCCUAUGGAUGUUUUGAUGAAGUAUUCUUUUGAUAUCUUUCUUUAAUGGUGAAAUGUAACAAUAACUGUGUAAUCUCUGGUGUAUGAGGUUCAAACAAAAGAAAUUGUGUGUGUGAAUUUUCUGCUCAUAUUUGCUCUUGUCAGACUUGUAAAUUUUGUGACUCAGGGCAACUGUUAAGCCAUAACCGCUGCUGCUGUCUCAAUUGUAUUAUUGAAUACCAUUCCUCAUGUUAGAUUUCUACGCACAGUAUGCACAAUGUAAAACUCCUCUGGUACUAAAGAUUAUUAAUCAUAUACCACAAUGUUCGUUUAGCAGUUCAGUUUAGAGUUUACUGAAACUCAGAGUUUGGCCAUUUACAUUUCAGUCAAAUGAAAUUUGAAAUCAGAUUUUUCUGUAUCAGACCAUAUCGAUAGAUCUGCAUGCUUACAAGUAAACAAAUGUUGACUGUCAAACAGCACCAACAUAUGGUCAAAAUGAUUAAAACUGGCAUUGAAAAAUACCCAUUAUUUAAAAAUCCUGCCUAAAUAAUUGAGUUGCAGAGCUAAUACUGUCCAUUCAAGACCACUCAUGGGUUGUCUGCAAGGAUGACAUUACAUGUGACACUAACAGAUGACCUUUGAAAGUUGUGGCAUAGCAGUGCAUCAUACAUGAUGCUGCAACCACAUUGGGUUUAAUGUUUAUAAAUAAUUAACAUCCUCACAUGUGAAAUUAAAACUUAUUCAAACCAUUUGACAGAACUAGCUAAAUGCUAAUUAAAUUAGCAAUGAUAGUCGGAUUUUGACAUCUAAAUUGCAGUAUUUCCAUAAUUAGUAUUUUUGUUUUUUUUUCCACAUGAUGUCUUUUUUUAUGCAAAUGAAACAAGCUGCUGAUCUGGCAUUUACAAAAUGACUUGUUACCCCUGAGGAGGUAGCUAUAGGAAGUUAAAUGAAAGGUACCAUGUGAGCUCAUCCUGUUAAAUUCUCUCUUGAAAGGAAAAACUGAAUUAGUGUCUUUCGAUUGGUCCAAAGGGGGUGCUGCAUCAUUAAUGGGGGAACAUGUUUUGGCCUUGUUCUGUAUAGCUCACAGGGAUAAGUUAAGGUCUGCAGUGCAGAGAAAAUGUGGGAGAUAUUUUAAUAUUGUAUAGAAUCUAAAGGAGUUCAAAAAGAGUUCAACUUCUGAGUAUAAUCAUAGUGCACUAUUCAGUAAGUACUGAAUGAGUUUACAGUAAAAGUGAAGACACCUUUAGCAACAGUCGCUAAGUUACUGAUUUAGCAAAAGAAGUAAACAUAAUUGACAGAGGAUUUUCAGAAUACAUUAUGAAAUCCAUUUUCUUUGUCUCAUGCCUGAGGAUGUGUGGGAUUUGGCUACUGUAUAGUAGAGAUACAGGCUUAAAUGGAUUAGUUUUUAAAGACCUGUAAAAGGUAAUCACACGCCCUGAUGCAACUGGCUCUCAACCUGAAGGAAUCUUUAAGAUGAAUUACAGACCAACUUCCAAUCAAAAACUGAAGUUUUAUCAAGAUGUUUGCCAUUAAAUUGACAGUAGGAAUAA